AUGAACUGUACGACGGCUGAAAACAGUGCGCUGCACAAUCUGUCGAAGGGCGUAAGCGACACCCUCACCAUCAGUGAAACGGAGGAUCCACUGGGCGCGUCAGACGUUUGUGAGUUCUCAACCUUCGGUGAACCCGCGACUGAAGUGCGGUCUGAACUCCAACCUUCAGAACAGCGGCAACCAGCAGGCCCACCACAACAACAACCGGCAAAUGCAGCAGCAGCGUCAUCUUCGGCGCGAACUCAUGACGGAGACCGUGCGAGGAAUGGGGGCUCCACUGCUACUGUUGGGGAGCAGCCAGGCAGUGCGGCGGGUUCCACCGGAAGUCAGGGACAAUCGGCAGAAGAUCCUCGGGAAACACCAACGCCGUCGGUUGGCAAUGCUGCUUCGCCAACACAGGCAACAGUCAGGGCAGCAGAUGGACCCGGAGGUACACAAACACCUUCAAAUUCCCAAGGCCGAUCCGACGCCCCCAACGCCGCCCCUUCCGCCGGCGGCAGUGAUGCAACCACCACGACUGGUGCAAAGGCGACCGACCGCAGUCCGAGUGAUGGGAAGGACGCGAAACGCAACGCGGACGGCAGUGCCACCAACAGCAACACCACUCAGAAAGCCGUGGCAAAUGCUGCGGAUCGCAGUGCCACCUCCAGUUCGUUUGUGCGUGCACCUCUCAUGUUGCUCCUCACGGCUGCUCUUGCUUGCGCCGCUACGUAA